AUGUCGGCGUCGAAGGACCGCGCGUCGUCGAAAGGAAACGACAACGGGCGCCAGCGCGCGGCGUCGGACGUAACACAAGAAGCCCUGGAUGAAAAGGACGACAGCGACAAAGCGACCGACCUGGGCCACAAGAUCAUUGACGAGAUCGACCACCAGUUGGACAAACUAGACGCCGGGGAGGACGAAGAGGAAGACUCCGGGUCCGGGUCCGGGCUCCCCGAGGGCUUCAACAGCACUUCUCCCGACGGCGACGAGAUGGAGGUCGUCAAGGUCAUCAGCGGGAAGGACCGCGACAGGGGCGAGGAGAAGCCCACGCCGACGCCGGACAGCACCGACGCGGGCGCGCACGGGGGCGCGCAGCAGGGGGCCGGCGCGGCGACGCAGGCGGUGCCCGCGCCGACGCAGGGGGCCAAGCAGCCGCCGUCGGUGAACGUCGACGAGGUCGACGACGUCAAGCGCCUCAUGGACAGCGCGCAGAACACCUACGUCCUCACGCACCCGCACUCCCUCGUCGCGCAAAUGGAGCUGCACGAAGACCGCGUUCUACUCCGCGACCUCGUGGUGAUGCUGGUGGCGACGGCGGGCGGCGGGCUGGUCGCGACGAUGCUGCGGCAGCCGGCGAUCCUGGGGUACCUGGUCGCGGGGUCCGCGAUCGGGCCGGGCGGGUUCGCCCUGAUCGACGAGCUAGUGCAGAUCGAGACCAUCUCGAAGUUGGGUCUCGUGCUGCUGCUGUUCGCGCUCGGGAUCGAGUUCCGCGGCCACGACCUGCGGCACACCAAGGCCGUCGCCGUCGGGGGCACCACGAUCAUCGUCGGGCUCUUCGUCGGCGUCGGAGGCGCCCUCGGCGCCGCCGUCGGUGGCACGGCGCUGGGCAUCUUCGUGGGCGCGUUCCUGUCGAUGUCGUCCACGGCGGUGGUCCUCAAGUGCCUCGUCGAGUUCCGCCAGUCCGACACGCGCUUCGGCCAGAUCACCCUCGCCGUCCUCAUCGUGCAGGACUGCAUCCUCGGGUGCAUGCUGGCGGUGCUGCCUGCGUUCGCGUCCGGCACGGCGUCCGCGGCGCGCAUCCUGAACGACCUCGGCCGCAUGGUCGCCUUCCUCGGCGGCGCGUUCCUCGUCUCGCGGUACGCGUUGCCGCACCUCCUGCGCCUGAUGCACGUGUUUGAGACCCGGGGCAACAGCGGGGAGGUCUCGCAGCUGUCGGCGAUCGGGCUGUGCCUGUGCGUCGCGUCGAUCGCGGAGGAGCUCAAGCUCGGCAUGGAGGUCGGGGCCUUCAUCGCGGGGCUCAUGGUUUCGGCCGCGGACGAGGAGCAAGUGCACCGCACGCUGCAGCACGUGGAGGCGGUGCGCAACAUCUUCGCGGCGGUCUUCCUGACGACGCUGGGCAUGCUCAUGCAGCCGGCGUUCCUGUGGAACAACAAGGUCAUCCUCAUGGUGGCAGCGGUGCUGGUGUUCAGCAGCAAGGUCGCGGUGACUGCCGGCGUCGUCCGUGCGUUCCGGUACCCCUCGGACGUGGCGCUGUGCGUCGGCGUCGCAACCGCGCAGAUCGGGGAGUUCUCCUUCGUGCUGCUGUCGCGCGGCCGCGCCCUCGGCCUCAUCAGCAGAAAGGUGUACCUGCUUCUACUGGGUACCACGGCGCUCUCGCUGCUGCUGACGCCCUUCCAGUGGCGCGUGAUCAACCCGCUCGUCGACGGCGAGACGCGCAUCACGAACCUCGUCGCCGCGGCGGCCGGCGCGGGCCCAGCGGCGGGCGGGCACGGCGACGACAGCAGCAACGGCAGCACCGGGAACGGCAAGGCGCAGCACGGUGGCGGGGAGCACCACCACACGGAGCGGCACAACGGGUACGAGCAGGUGGAGAAGGACAGCGAGGACGAGGAGAUGGGGAAGGCGGGGCGGGAGAAGGCCACAACGGGGGGGCCGCGGAACGGUCCGAGGCUGUCGAACAACGCGCACGCGAGGAUCGUGCACCGCACGCAGUCGCCUGCGCCGCGGAUGGCGUGA